AGCAGUCACAGCACCAGUUGUGCCAUUACGGAAGUAUAAGCGAGACUCGGCGCCUCACGCAGGUAUUGCGUUGGGUGCAGGAGUGCGUACGUGCUGAGGAAACGAAAUUCACCGCCAGACGCAUGAAGUGACCAGGAAAUAAAGCGUUUUGACGGUGUGGAGCUGACGGGAGGUCAGCGUCGAGAUGGCGGCUGGAUUUGCGGCCGAGUUCCUAACGCGCGCUAAGGAGCAGGCUCCAGUACUUGUGCAACGAGUCAAAUCGUAUUGUCCAGGAGCGUGCGCCGAUGGAACUGGACCAGGAGGGCCAAGCGAAGGCACGGGCCUACGCGGGGGUGCAGGCACCGAAAUGUCCAACUUCCAAAAUUAUACUGAAGAGGGCGGUUAUGCAGAAACAAGUUUGACGAACGGUGCUCGCCUCGAACGGCAGGGAAGCAGCGUUGAGGUGGACGAGUUCGGGGACAAAGGACAAGAAAAAAUCGAUGAAUGGCAAGCAGGGUGGAAUGUCACCAAUGCGAUCCAGGGAAUGUUCAUCGUGAGUUUACCGUACUCCGUGCAGCAAGGCGGCUACUGGGGUAUAUUUGCACUUGUAUUCGUCGCGUACAUCUGUUGCCACACGGGCAAGAUCUUAGUGGAGUGUCUUUAUGAAUACAACGACAAAGGCGAAUUGAUUCGUGUACGGGACAGCUACGUGUCCAUCGCUAAAGUCUGUCUCGGGAGUAAGUGGGGAGGCCGGAGCGUUCAUUUCGCACAGGUGACCGAAUUAUUGAUGACAUGCAUCCUAUAUAUCGUGUUAUGCGGAGACUUGAUGGUCGGUUCGUUUCCCGAUAGCCCGAUUGACCAGCGAUCGUGGAUUAUGAUCUUCACCAUGAUUCUUCUGCCCUGCGCGUUCCUUCGAGACUUGCGCUCGGUUUCAAUGCUGUCGUUCUGGUGCACGAUGGCACAUUUGUUCAUCAAUGUCAUCAUUCUUGGAUAUUGUCUGCUCUGCGCCGGCGACUGGGGCUGGGGAAAAGUAAGCUGGUCAAUCAACAUGGACAAAUUCCCUGUCACCAUGGGCAUCGUCGUAUUCAGCUAUACAUCGCAAAUAUUUCUGCCAUCGCUCGAGGGCAGCAUGAUCGACAGGAGCAAGUUCCAUUGCAUGCUCAACUGGUCUCAUAUUGCUGCUGCUAUGUUCAAAGCGAUCUUCGCCUGGUUGUGCUUCCUGACCUGGACGGAUGAGACGCAGGAAGUAAUUACAAACAACUUGCCAACGCGCGGUUUCAAAAUUGUCAUCAACCUAAUUCUUGUCGUGAAGGCCCUAUUUUCAUAUCCGCUUCCAUACUUCGCUGCAGCAGCACUAUUGGAGCAUCAGUACUUCCGCGAGCGGCCUAAGACCCUAUUUCCUUCGUGCUACGCGAUCGACGGAGAAUUACGCGUGUGGGGAUUGGCCGCUCGUGUUGGCCUUGUCAUCUUCACUAUGCUACUGGCUGUUUCAAUUCCGUAUUUCGCCCUCUUGAUGGGGCUUAUCGGCAGUUUUACUGGCACGAUGUUAUCGUUUAUCUGGCCGUGCUACUUUCACAUGAAGCUCAAGUGGGGUCAAAUAGAAACAUCGCAGAUCUGCUGGGAGGUGUUCAUUAUCGUCUUCGGCGGUAUCUCCGGAAUUAUCGGAAUCUUCACAUCGUUCGCUGGUUUAGUGGAGGCAUACCAUCUACCGAUGCCGCCUAUACCAGUUCUCAAUGAAGCCUAAACGAUCGCAUAAGCUUGAUGAGCGC